AUUAACCUGCUCAUAAUCAGUCGACAGUCUGGCAACGCUCCGCUGAUGCAACCAGCAAUAGCCCAAACUCCUGAAUUCUUGACUUUAAUAAAUAUUUAAAAGAGACAUGUGGUGCUUAAAAACGGUCACACAAUUGUUAAAGACCAGUAUAACAUCUGCCAAUGUGAAUUACAAUUGCGUAGCCGGCCUCAAAUAUUUUCCACCGCCAAUCAAAUAUGAAAACAUCGAGAAAGUGGAGCGACCCAAGCUGCGUAUUAUGGAGCGCAUGCCCCAGCAUCCACCCAACUUGCGACCACCCAAAAUGCAAAAGCGUUUGCGUUACAUGCGCGGACCCGAGCUCGUCCACAAUCAACUGCUCCACAAACAAUACGCGAUAAUUGCGACAGGUGGCGGCCGUUUGCGUUGGGGGCACUACGAAAUGAUGCGUCUGACCAUUGGCCGCAAAAUGAACGUGAACACAAUGUUUGCCACUUGGCGUGUGCCCGCGCCUUGGCAACCAAUCACCAAAAAGGGUCAGGGCCAACGCAUGGGCGGCGGCAAGGGUGCCAUCGACCAUUACGUGACGCCAGUCAAGGCCGGCCGUGUGAUUGUUGAGAUUGCUGGCAAAUGCGAGUUCGUCGAAUGCAAGGGCUUCCUCCAGCAGGUGGCCAAUCAGUUGCCAUUCCAGGCAACUGUUGUCUCCCAGCAAAUGCUGGACGAGCUGCAGGCAUCGGAGGAGCAACGAGCUCGCGAGAACCAGAACCCGUUCACCUUGAAAUAUGUUAUACAAAACAAUUUAAAUGGUUGCCAUCGAUGGCUGUCGCCUGUGGACCACAAGUGGUUCGGCAAGCAUUUAUAGUUUAUAGCGAACCAAUAAUUAACUUAGUAAAUGUUUUAAUAAAU